CCUCAAGCUCGAGUCAGAACCUGCGAUCAGAUGGAGGAGACAUUGAUGGAAGAAGGCAGGAGACCGGGAGUUUUGGUCGUCGGUUCCUCCGGUGUCGGCAAGCGCACCAUUCUCUCUCGAUUGAUCUCUGUCGAUUUUGAGGAUUCAUCAUCUCAAACAGAAGUUCAUGACUGGACGAUUAACACAAAGUAUUACUCUGCGGAUGUAUCUGUGUGGAUAUCACAUAUUUGCGAUGACCACUCUCUCCCUCAGUCACAUCCACUUGUGGCGUUAGUUAUGGUCUUCGACUUGAAUGAGCUGUCAACUCUUGUUGCUCUCCAAGACUGGGCUUCUCAUGCAGACAUGAGCAGUUUCGAUAUAUUGUUGUGCAUUGGGAACAAAGUAGAUCUUGUCCCUCAUCACCCAGCUCAUGCUGAAUACAGAAGACGCCUUUCCAAAGCCUAUUCAGACAUUGAUGAUGAGUUUGGGAUCUCCCAAAGCGAAGGAAGUAGCUUGUUGGGUAGCGACGAUACAUCAUCACUGGACAUCAGGGGAACAUGUCUUGACUGGUGCCGCGACAACAACAUCGAGUUCAUUGAGGCUUGUGCAUCUAAUCCUGAUUUUGACAAGUGUUUAUCAGUGGAUGGGGAUUCUCAAGGGGUUGACCGUUUGUUUGGUGCUCUUUCGGCACAUAUGUGGCCUGGAAUGAUUCUCAAAUCGGGUGAUAAGAUUAAUGAACCGGUGUUACCUCCUCAUGGUGAAGAGUUGUCAGAAGAAGAAUCUGAAUAUGAACUGGAGUACGAGGUGCUAUCCUCUGGCUCAGCCGAUCCAUGGGAGAACAUCGAAGAGAGGUGGGUUUCCGCAGAUGCUGGCGGAUCCACCUCACGGGAGGUAGAAGCGAAUCCAAAGAAAGUUGUGGAUGUUGUAGUAGAGCUGGGGUCUUCAGGGACGCAGGGUGAGACUGUAGUAACAACAACAGAUGAGAAACCUUUGGGGGGCACGGAAGACAACAACAAGGUUUAUGAGUUGGAAGACGUGGAACAGUUGAUGUCAGAAAUAGGCAACAUCCGUGACAACUUGCGGUUGAUGCCUGAUUUCCAGAGGAGGGAGAUAGCUGCGAAUCUGGCGAUGAAAAUGGCUUCCAUGUUUGGAGGAGGAGGCGACGACAGUGAUAACGAGGAAGAAUCUGAGUGAGGCCCCGUAGUACUUCUGAAGAUCAGCACGAACCCACAGUUUAAUCCUUUCUUUCUUUAUAAAACCCCCUUCUUUUUUAUUCGUUUCAUGCUUACGCAGUUGCACGCUCUAUUGUGAACCCAGUUAGCUAUUAUAAUAGCUAACUUGGGUCGUCAUGUUAUGUAUGUCAUUACUUUUUUUCUUGAUGUGUAAUGUAGUCUUUGGAACUCUAGAUAAUAAUAUUAGCCUUCCUAGUUUUGGUAACACUGGCAAGGCAA